UUUACAUUAAUAUCAAGAAACCACAGCUAUUCGUGUUCUGGCAUGAAAGAAAUCAAUAGUUGGUGUAUGUGACUUGAAAACUGAGUACGUUUGUAAUAAAUCUUGACUACAUUUCCCAGAAUACUCUACGAGGAAAACCCGCUGAGAGGCAGGUCGUUGUUAUAAUCAUCGCCUCAGCGUCUGAAGAGGUCAUCGCUGCGAAACUCGACGAUGUGUGCUAACUUAGUUUAAAAUUACUAAAUAUAUAUUUAUAUAUUUACAAACGCCGUAAGUGUAAGAAUGGACAUGAUUGAGUCCAUAGUCACAGAAGGCAUCGAGGUGGAAAAUUCCUGCACCGGAGUGUCAACGGUGAACACUGAAACAUCUAAAACAGAAUUCGUGUGGACUUUAACGGCUACAUGGCACUUGGUUCACGUUCGUCUGGACAUGGAGGCGGAGUUUGAUCAUCCCGUGUGUAAGAAGAAGCGUCUGUGGGAGGGCGUGGCCGAGCGAGUGACGGACAGGUUAAGAGCCGAGGGAUACGCAGACGUCCCAGCCCGAGCCUUCGAGUGCGACCUGAAGUGGAGGAACAUGUUGGCGACAUACAGGAAGAACGCGGAGCGCGUGAGACGUCUCGGAGCUCACGCCGUGCACUGGGAGUUCUUCGGGCCAUGCACCGGGUCCUCGGCCGCAGCUACGAGGAGAUCGAGGCUCGGCGCAGCCGAGAUCAACAGCACCAAGCCGGGGAAAACCAUCACGAGCAAACGCUACACGCCCAUCCUGCCCACGCCCACACUGCCUAACCACGCCCCCUGCCCCGUCCCCGCCCUCACACGGCCUCCUCAGGACCUUCUGCAGCUCUACCUGGAGCUCCAGGAGCGCAAGCUGAACAUGUGGGCUCAGCAAAAGCUCUGGAGGAGAGGAAGAUCAAGCCAUUAA